AUGUAUCUCAANAAUCUUUCAGUGUUCACCGACGUCUACUUCACACAGUCAUCACUGACUACAAGUGCGAUAAACAAUAUGUUCGCAACACAGUCUACCGCAGUCGUCCGGGCACUUGAUCCGUCCCAUUCGACAUAUCUCAACGAUAAUCCCGGACUGGAUUGUGGUCCGGAUCACGAGGGCAUAGCACGACCAGUCUCUGCUCCGAUUAGUCCCACCCUUACCACGGGUCUCGAAUCGUCUGCAUACUUCUCAAAGACGCACUCCAUUGGUCAAUCGCUUAACUCACCAACUUCCGUCCCAUCACACCUUAGCUCAGCACCCACGUUACGACCGGGGGAGUCCGGUGUGCCAAGUACCAUGACGUCACAAUUUCCUGAUUGGGAUGGAUUCCCAACGUUGGCUGCUCAGGUCACAACUUGCGUCCACACUGAGGCUCCUGCUUUGCAAAAGACGAUCGAUAUUUUGGGCGAGGAGUUGCGUGCGGUUCAACGAGAAUUGGAGUCACAGAGACAAGAAGCUGAAAAUCUACGACAGCAGCUUGCCCGUUUAAGAGCUUCACAGUGUGUUUCCACACAAACAGGUCCCACAGAUGUGUUCGAAAUAAGUGUUGUUGAUUCCGUUGGGCAAAUGAAUGAAACAGCAAAAACGGUACAGCCGCUAAAUGUGUACGGUCUGACAAAUGGAGUAAUAACCCCAACAAGAACUGAACCAGCCACACUUGAUGUGGCUGAGGACACAAAGAAAACGGAUCCAGCUCCAGUGGUUUGCAUACCGAACACUUAUUCAAAGGUUUCAGAUUUGCGAUCUCGUUUAGCUACGGCGAUAGAUGACCCUGAACCUCUGGAAAAUCCGUCUGGGGAUGUUGCGUCUCGGAACUGCAUCUCUUUGGUACGUGUUCCAUCAAAUACAACUCAGUUAUCUAUAUUGGUACAACCUCAAAACGGAUUAUUUCCUGCCGUCUCAGCUAAUGAUCUAACAUCUUAUUCCCAAGUUCCUGUUUCUGCAAGCUCUCGCUGUCGAAGCGCCGGCGCGUCACGUGUUACCACAACGACCUCGUCCGCUCCGUCAGAUGGAAUGGCUCAGGCCUAA